CGGUACUUAACUACGGCUGAGGCUCGGCCGGGUUAGUGUCUCGGCUCACACCGGAUCUGGAAUCAUGUCCGACCCGUGCUCAUUCUCAUCCUUCACCAGCUGUGUCACCAGACACCUGAACCUGUCCCUGCACCUGGACUUCGACAGGCAUGUGAUCCGGGCCAAGGUGGAGAUAACCGUGGAGGCUCUGGUGGACCGGUUCUCCUCUCUGACAUUGGACACCAGAGACCUGAAGGUUGCAUCGGUCUUAGCAAAUGGACAGCCAGCACACUUCAGUCUGGGUCCUAGACAUGGCUUCAAGGGGACACCGCUGGACAUCACUUUGCCCUUUGACAUCUCCAGGGGACAGCAUGUGAUCGUGACUGUGUCCUACGAGACCUCUCCGUCUGCAUCGGCGCUGCAGUGGCUCACGCCAGAACAGACGGCUGGGAAGAAGCAUCCGUACCUGUUCAGCCAGUGUCAGGCUCAUCACUGCAGGAGUAUGGUCCCCUGCCAGGACAGCCCGUCUGUCAAACACACCUACUAUGCUCAGGUGUCCGUUCCAAAGGAGCUGGUUGCCGUGAUGAGCGCAGUGAGGGACGGACAGGAAGUGGAUCCCCAGGACAACAACCGCAUCAUCUACAGGUUCAGGCAGCCGGUGGCCAUGCCUUCCUACCUGAUAGCCAUAGUGGUCGGAGCUCUGGAGAGCAGGGAGAUCGGGCCGAGGUCCAGAGUCUGGUCUGAAAAAGAAUAUGUGGAUAAAGCAGCAUUCGAAUUCUCUGAGACAGAGACCAUGUUGAAGACUGCCGAGGAUCUGGCUGGACCCUAUGUUUGGGGUCAGUAUGACAUCCUGGUUCUGCCUCCAUCUUUCCCCUACGGAGGAAUGGAGAACCCCUGUCUGACCUUCGCUACGCCCACCCUGCUGGCAGGAGACAAGUCUCUGUCCAACGUGAUCGCUCAUGAGAUCUCUCACAGCUGGACGGGUAAUCUGGUGACCAACAAGACCUGGGAGCACUUCUGGUUGAAUGAGGGCCACACUGUUUACCUGGAGAGGAUGAUUGGCAGGUGCAUGGAGAGCGAACAGUUCAGGCAGUUUAAAGCUAUCGGGGGCUGGAAGGAUCUCCAGGACUCUGUGAACACUUUUGGAGCCAACAACCCGCUGACGAACCUGGUUCCCAGUCUGCAGGACGUUAACCCUGAUGAUGCCUUUUCCUCUGUGCCCUAUGAGAAAGGCUUUGCUCUGCUGUAUUACCUGGAGGAGCUGCUGGGCGGCCCAGAGGUGUUCAUGGGGUUUGUGAAGUCGUACAUCCAGCUGUUCGCUUACAGCAGCGUCACUACGGAGGAGUGGAAGAACUACCUGUUCACGUACUUCAAAGACAAGGUGGACGUGCUGAACAAGGUGGACUGGAACGCCUGGAUGUUCACUCCUGGGAUGCCUCCUGUCAAGCCUCAGUACGAUACCACUCUGGCAGACGCCUGCAUCGCUCUGACUCAGAGAUGGAUCAAGGCAAAAGACGAGGACCUGAGCAGUUUCAAGGAAUCUGAUGUCAAGGCUUUGUCAUCUCACCAGCUCAUUGAGUUCCUGUCCUUGCUGCUGCAGGAGACUCCUCUCCCUGUGACUCACGUGAAGGCCAUGCAAGAGGCCUAUGGUCUAAACAGCUGCAUGAACUCAGAAAUCCGCUUCAGGUGGCUGAGGCUGUGUGUUCGGUCCAAGUGGGAGGAAGCGGUUCCCUUGGCGCUGAAGAUGGCAACAGAACAAGGAAGGAUGAAGUUUACGAGGCCCCUGUUCAGAGAGGUGUUUAACUUUGAAAAGUACCGCGACGAAGCGGUUCGACUGUUUCUGGCUCAUCGAGGCGCGAUGCACCCGGUCACUGCUGGACUUGUUGCCAAGGACCUCAAGGUGGAAGCCGGUUCCAAAUCCAGUCUGUAACAAGCAACGGAACCUUUGGUUCCAGGUCAUUGGUUUCACCUUUGGCUUCUUCUGUUUGUGUUCGGAAUUUACAUCUCAGGGCACUUUUUAAAAAAUAAAGUAUGAUCUAAACAGUCUAAUUUUUACCAUUGAACCUGAGACAAUGGGAAUGUCUUUUUAUUGAUCUUCAUAAAGAGCUUUAUAAACAACGUUACUAAUGGAAAAUAAAAGGCUUCUCUGUGAA